AUGCCGAACUGCAAAUGUCCUCGCACUUGCUCCAUGGAUUAUCUUGGACUGGUCGCCAGCAUGACUGUAUGCGGUUCCGAUGGAAGCACUUAUGACAAUAUUUGCGAACUUCAGCAAUUUGCUUGUACCCACCAACUGGACCUGGUCCCUAGGACACUGGGCAAAUGUCCACACGAUGGUAGUGGCGAUGAGAUGCAAAAACGCCGGGGGCGUGAAAUGGAUUCAGCGCCAGCACUGGGAAAUCUUUGUGUGGAUGACGCUGACUGUCUUGUUUAUAACUCGCUGUGCGGCCAGCUAAAUGCGCUUCGGCUGAAGAGCUGCGAAUGUCGGCAAGGAUUCUUCCCAUCCAAAGAUCUGACACAGUGUAUACAAGGUUCGCUCGAAUGUAUCCAGCAAGGCAUGGAUACCAUUUAA